AUGUUCUUCAGGAAAAAGAAGCCUGAAGUAUCAGUGGGACCAGUAAGUCCAGUUCGACCAAUAACAUCAAUUGAAUCAUUCAGUCCAGUUUCUUCAUCAAAAAAUACUUCUUGGCAUCAACAUAUAAAAGAAAUAAACAAUAACAACAAUGAACAUAGAAAACUAUUUGAUGGUUACCGUCCAGUAACACCCAUACAGCCAUUUGAUAUCUUACCUGUUUCAAUUCCACGUAUCGAAAUUGAUAAGGCUAUCAACAAUACUUUUCCAUCACGACAAAAUCAUUGCAACGACACUUUUUACGAGCAUUCACCGCGAUCUGAUGAUUCCCGUGUUUUAUCUCAAUCAAGUCAUUCCGGUAGCGGUGGCAGAGUACCAUCAGUAAAUUCUAUUUCUGUGGCUAAUUCGAUAGGUCCACUCAAAAAAAUUAUCAAAGAAAGUCGUUGGAUAUCGGUGCAUAAUGGGCAACCGGUCAGUCCUUACGUUAGGACUAUUACGUAUGUUCCCAAAUAUUCCGAGGAUGAAUAUAUUCUGAACGCAUGCAACGAUAGGAAUUAUCAUUGUAAUAACAAAUAUAAUUUACAAGAAAAGCAGGUAACCUAUGAAGAUGAAAGAUAUUCAUCAAAACAUAACAGAACAACAAAUUCAUAUGGUCAAUGUUCUCUUUUUAUUCAAAAUCCAUUGCAUAGUGAUUGA